AUGCUAAUAUACUUACCGGUCUCUGAGGUAGUAGUUAGUGCUGUUCUAGUCCGGGAGGAUGAAGGUACGCAAUCUCCUGUCUAUUAUGUUAGCAAAAUUUUGUCAAGAGGAGAAACUCAUUAUCCGUACCUCAAAAAACUGGCCUUAGCUCUCGUAGUCACCUCUAAAAAACAUAGGCCUUAUUUUCAGUGCCACCCCGUAGCUGUCGUGACAACCUUUCCCCUGUGGAAUGUCCUUCACAAACUUGAGUUGUCAAGUCGGUUGGCCAAAUGGGAAGUUGAAAUUAACGAGUUUGAUAUUAAAUAUAAGCCCAGGACUGUGAUCAAAUCGCAAGUUCUGGCCGACUUUAUGGCAGAUUUCAGUCUUGGGUUACUUACUGCCUUUGGCUGCAAAAGAAGCAGUGAUGGUGUCAGAAAUGACAUAAAGAGUUCGAACCUUGUUCAUAGACGGAGCUUCCAAUAUGAAAUGGCCUGGGCUCGAGUAAACUUAGUAAAUGCGAUCUUUGACACAAAUGAGGAACGCAUGCAACAAUAUGUGAUUAAAGUUCAAACUUUGCUCACACGGUUCAAGGAGAGGUCGAUCACCCACAUCCCAAGAGAAGAAAUUAUAGAAGCAGAUGCAUUGACCAAUUUGGGGUCUUCUACAGAGAUGAAAGGAUCCGACUCUAGCACUGUCAUUCACUUUAUGCAUUCGGUGCUGGAUGUGGACAACUAUUGUGAAGUAAAUACAACCAACCUAGCCUGGGAUUGUAGGAAUGAGUUCAUCGAGUAUCUUUGGCAUGACAAGUUGCCUGAAGACCUGAAGACGUUCCAGGCACUAAACACCAAAAUGGCUCGCUAUAGCCUCUUGGGUGGACAAUUGUAUAGAAGAUCUUUCCAAGGCCCUUUGGUCCGAUGUCUAGGAGCCUUAGAAGCGGACUAUGUAAUUAGAGAGGUCCAUGAAGGAAUUUGUGCGAUUCACUCCGGGGCAAAUUCGUUGGUGCUAAAACUGGCUAGGGUAGGAUACUAUUGGCCCUUGAUAGAACAAUAUGCAAAGGCAUUCGUUCAGAAAUGCGACAAGUAUUAG